AUGAUGGAAGAACUGCAUAGCUUGGACCCCCGACGGAGGCUGCUGGAGGCUCGCUUCACAGGGGUCGGUGUGGCAAAGGGCUCGGGUCAGAAUCAAAAUGAGUCAUCCAAUCAGAGUCUAUGCAGUGUGGGCUCACUCAGUGACAAAGAGCUAGAGACUCCUGAGAAAAAGGCAAAUGACCAGAGAGUGAGGAAACGCAAAGCAGACCACUUUGACAGCCAAGGCAAAGCAGGAGCAAGGGGACAUAAAAUUAGUGAUUAUUUUGAGUUUGCGGGAGGUAGCGGUCCUGGUACCAGCCCUGCCAGGGGAAUUCCACCAGUGGUCCGCUCUUCCCCACAGCACUCUCUCUCCAACCCCCCUGUCACGGUGCAGCAGGGAAGCCCAUCCUCCAUCAGCUCCAACACAGAACACUCCUCUUGUUCACUGAAGCCUGCUUCUCUUCACAUGCUUCACAAAGCCACACAGUCUGACCUUACUAUAGAGAAACUAACAGCAAUGGAGAACAACAAGAACUCUGACCUGGAGAAGAAGGAGGGCCGCAUAGAUGAUUUGCUGCGGGCCAACUGUGAUCUGAGGAGGCAAAUUGAUGAACAACAGAGGAUGCUAGAGCGAUACAAGGAACGCUUAAAUAAGUGUGUGACCAUGUCCAAGAAGCUUCUCAUUGAAAAAUCUAAACAAGAGAAGAUGGCAUGUCGGGAUAAAAGUAUGCAAGAUAGGCUUCGACUGGGUCAUUUCACCACAGUGAGACACGGGGCAUCUUUCACUGAGCAGUGGACAGAUGGAUAUGCUUUCCAAAACCUUAUCAAACAACAGGAAAGAAUAAACUCCCAGCGAGAGGACAUUGAAAGGCAGAGGAAGCUGCUGGCCAAACGCAAGCCGCCCUCAAUGGCUCAGACCCCACCACCAAGCCUUGAGCAAAACAAACGCAAAAGCAAGACCAAUGGAGCAGAGAGCGAAGCGUUAUCACAGGCAGAGUACCACGAGCAGGAGGAAAUCUUUAAGCUAAGAUUAGGUCAUCUGAAGAAGGAGGAGGCUGAGAUCCAGGCAGAGCUGGAGAGACUGGAGAGAGUGCGAAACCUUCACAUACGCGAGUUGAAAAGGAUCCACAAUGAGGAUAAUUCCCAAUUCAAAGAUCACCCUACGCUAAACGACCGAUACCUGCUACUCCAUUUACUUGGACGAGGAGGUUUCAGUGAAGUUUACAAGGCCUUUGACCUAACGGAGCAAAGGUACGUUGCAGUCAAAAUUCAUCAGUUAAACAAGAACUGGAGGGAUGAGAAGAAGGAAAAUUAUCACAAACAUGCUUGCAGAGAAUAUAGAAUCCAUAAAGAGCUGGACCACCCACGAAUAGUUAAACUCUAUGACUACUUUUCACUUGAUACUGACUCGUUCUGCACAGUCCUGGAGUACUGUGAGGGCAAUGACUUGGACUUCUACCUGAAGCAGCACAAGCUAAUGUCAGAGAAAGAGGGCCGCUCAAUCAUUAUGCAGAUUGUUAACGCCCUUAAGUACCUCAAUGAGAUCAGACCGCCCAUUAUCCACUAUGACCUUAAGCCCGGUAACAUUUUGUUGGUGAAUGGCACUGCUUGCGGGGAGAUCAAGAUCACAGACUUUGGCCUGUCGAAGAUCAUGGAUGAUGACAGUUACAAUUCGGUGGAUGGGAUGGAGCUGACUUCACAGGGAGCAGGAACAUACUGGUACCUGCCCCCGGAGUGCUUCGUGGUCGGCAAGGAACCACCUAAAAUCUCCAACAAGGUUGAUGUGUGGUCUGUGGGAGUCAUUUUCUACCAGUGUUUGUAUGGCCGCAAGCCCUUUGGUCACAAUCAGUCCCAGCAGGACAUCCUGCAGGAAAACACCAUUCUGAAGGCAACAGAAGUUCAAUUUCCCCCUAAACCUGUAGUCACACCUGAAGCUAAGGCCUUUAUAAGGCGCUGUCUAGUCUACCGUAAGGAGGACCGCAUCGAUGUGCACCAGCUGGCCAGUGACCCCUUCCUCAUGCCCCACAUCCGCAAGUCAGUGGCCUCCUCGGGCACCUCAGGCAUGGCAAUGGCUUCCACAUCCAGUUCCUCCAACAGCAGCGCCUCAAACUGAGCCCACAUACCUUGACUGACUAGCGAACUGAAUUCAUUUGAAAGGGUGGGGUGGGGUGGGAGCGACGCCGUACUGUGUCACCCCCUCCUAACAGCAUCCCACCUUGCCAUGAAAACCCCAAGGGGAAACUGGUCAGAUGGUGGCAAGGGGUGGGUGAAAUCAUAGAUGGUUUGGGGGGACGCACGUCACCCUUCGUCCCUCUCAUGUCCGUCUACCCCAGCUCACCUGUCCUGCUUUCUCAAGUGGGUGACAACGUUCUGGGGGUCAAAGCCCUGGAUGACUCGCAUAGCAAGGGGUGAGGCUUUGGCACCGUGUUGGUGAAAAGUGGGGUUCAGUGUUUGGGAUUUUUCUUUUCUGCUUUUAAAAAAAAAAAAAAAAAAGGAAAAAGAAAUAAAA